AUGGGUCCACUCCCAAUCAAGUUCACGGAGCUUCUCCAGUUAACAAGUGUCGGAGUUGAGGCGCAAUCGAUAGGUUUUAAUUCAUGUACACUGGAGUCAGAUUCAUACAUCUGCGUACGAGAGAAGAAGAACGAAGCCGCGCAACCAGAAGUCGUCAUCGUCGAUCUAAAGCAAAACAAUGCUGUCACCCGAAGACCUAUCAAGGCGGAUAGUGCCAUUAUGCACUGGUCGAAACAGGUCAUCGCAUUAAAGGCACAAUCAAGGACCUUACAAAUAUUUGACUUGGGUGCCAAGGCGAAGCUAAAGUCUGCUACCAUGAAUGAAGAUGUUGUCUUCUGGAAAUGGUUCAGUGAGACAAGCUUGGGAUUGGUUACCGACACAACAGUUUACCACUGGGAUGUUUUUGACCCAAAUCAGGCAGCUCCGGUGGAGGUCUUCAAGAGAAAUCCAAACCUUUCUGGAUGUCAGAUCAUCAACUAUCGUGUUAGUGGUGAUGGCAAGUGGAUGGUAGUCGUGGGCAUUACACAACAACAAGGACGAGUGGUCGGAGCGAUGCAACUAUAUUCGAAAGACAGAGGCAUCAGUCAGGCCAUCGAGGGCCAUGCCGCAGCAUUUGGUACACUACGAUUAGAAUCUGCGCCAGCAGACACGAAAGUGUUCACAUUUUCGGUUCGAACUGCUACUGGCGCAAAGCUACACAUAGUCGAGGUCGACCAUCAAUCUUCAAAUCCACCGUUUUCAAAGAAAGCAGUUGAUGUAUAUUUUCCUGCUGAAGCUGUAAACGAUUUCCCAGUCGCCAUGCAAGUUUCGCAAAAAUACAGCAUUAUUUAUUUGGUUACCAAAUACGGCUUUAUUCACCUAUACGAUCUUGAGACUGGUACAUGUAUUUUCAUGAACCGCAUCUCAAGCGAGACGAUCUUCAUUACAGCCGGCGACUCGGAAUCCGCUGGACUUGUUGGUGUUAACCGAAGGGGACAAGUACUGUCGGUAUCUGUUGAUGAAACAACAAUUAUUCCGUACUUGCUCCAAAAUCCUGCAAACUCUGGCUUAGCAGUCAAGCUUGCCUCAAGAGCCGGUCUACCUGGUGCAGACAACCUCUAUGCCAACCAAUUCGAGCAACUUUUGGCUGCCGGAAACUACUCUGAGGCUUCGAAAAUCGCGGCAAACUCUCCCCGCGGCUUUUUGCGAACUCCACAAACUAUCGAACGUCUCAAGAGCUUACCGGCUGUGCCGGGUCAAUUAUCCGUUAUCUUACAAUACUUUGGUAUGCUGCUUGACAAGGGAUCGUUGAAUAAACAUGAGACGUUAGAGCUUGUACGACCUGUUUUGGCUCAGAAUCGAAAGCAUCUUCUUGAAAAGUGGAUGAAGGAAAACAAACUCGACUGUUCUGAAGAAUUGGGUGACAUUGUCCGACAACAAGAUACACAGCUUGCACUCGCUAUCUAUCUUAAGGCAAAUGUUCCCCACAAGGUUGUUGCUGCAUUCGCCGAGAGUGGUCAAUUCGAGAAGAUCUUACCUUACGCCCAACAAGCAGGUUACCAACCGGACUAUGUCCAAUUACUCCGCAAUAUUAUCUCUAUCAACCCUGAAAAGGGAGCCGAAUUUGCUACUCAGUUGGCAAAUACUGAAGGGGGAUCUCUAGUUGACAUUGAGCGUGUUGUAGACGUAUUUCAGUCUCAAGGAAUGGUUCAACCCGCUACUGGAUUCUUGCUUGAUGCAUUAAAGGAGAACAAGCCUGAGCAAGGACACUUGCAAACUCGCCUCCUUGAAAUGAAUCUCAUGAAUGCCCCUCAAGUCGCUGACGCCAUUCUUGGCAACGAAAUGUUCUCUCACUACGACAAGCCUAGAAUCGCGCAGCUAUGUGAACAAGCUGGCCUUGCUCAAAGAGCUUUGGAACACUAUGAAGACCCUGAGGCUAUCAAACGUGUCAUUGUCAAUAUCGUUGCAUCCCCAACUUUCAGUCAAGAAUGGCUCACCGGUUACUUUGGUCGCUUGUCCCUUGAACAGUCAUUAGAUUGUCUUGAUGCUAUGCUUAAAGUAAACAUUCGUCAAAACCUCGGGGCCGUUGUUCAGAUUGCCGUGAAAUACUCGGAUUUACUCGGCCCUGUUAGAUUGAUCGAUCUUUUUGAGAAGUACAAGACUGCUGAAGGUCUAUACCACUAUCUUGGUAGCAUUGUCAAUCUGAGUGAGGACCCAGAUGUAAACUUCAAAUAUAUUGAGGCUGCCGUGAAGAUGCAGCAGUACCAGGAGGUUGAACGUAUAUGCCGUGACAGUAAUUCCUCUGAUCCGCUUAAAGUCAAAAACUUCUUGAAGGAGGCCAAAUUGACCGAGCAAUUGCCGCUGAUCAUCGUCUGUGAUCGAUUCAACUUCAUUCAUGAGUUGGUACUUUACCUCUAUCAGAACCAACAGUUCCAAUCUAUCGAGGUCUAUGUCCAACGAGUCAACCCUGCACGAACUCCUGCUGUCGUCGGUGGAUUACUCGAUGUUGACUGCGAUGAGCAAAUCAUCAAGAAUCUUUUGAAUUCCGUUAAUCAUGCUUCCAUCCCUAUCGAUGAGCUUGUUCAGGAGGUUGAAUCCCGCAACCGUCUUAAGCUCCUGUUGCCUUUCCUCGAGGCCACCUUGGCUGCAGGCAACCAGCAACAAGCUUUACAUAACGCGCUCGGAAAAAUCUUUAUUGAUAGUAACAAUAACCCAGAGCAAUUCCUCAGGACAAACGAUAUGUACGAUUGCAAGGUUUUGGGUACCUACGCAGCUAAGCGAGACCCGUCGCUUGCUAUUAUCGCAUUUAGUAAAGGUCAGAACGAUCUCGAACUCGUCAACAUCACCAACGAAAAUUCUAUGUACAAAGCUCAAGCUCGCUACCUUUUGGAAAGAGCUGAUAACGAAUUGUGGGGGUUUGUCUUGUCUGAAAACAAUAUUCACCGCCGAUCUGUGAUUGAUCAAGUCAUAUCUACAGCUGUUCCAGAGUCAACUGAGCCCGAAAAGGUUUCUGUUGCAGUUGCAGCCUUCCUUAGCGCUGAUCUUCCAGGUGAAUUGAUUGAAUUGCUUGAGAAGAUCGUUCUUGAGCCUUCGCCAUUCAGCGACAAUGAGAGCUUGCAGAAUCUUCUCAUUCUCACCGCCACCAAAGCUGAUAAGAGUCGAGUCAUGGAUUAUAUUCACAAGUUGGAUGCGUAUAAUCCUGUGGAUGUCGCUUCAAUCUGCAUUGAAGUUGGCUUAUAUGAGGAGGCAUUCGAGGUUUACAAAAAGAUUAAUGACCAUAUUAACGCUGUCAACGUCCUCGUUGAGCACAUUGUCAGCAUCGAUCGCGCACAAGAUUUUGCGGAACAGGUGGAGAUUCCUGAAGUAUGGAGUAGAGUCGCUAAAGCUCAGUUGGAUGGUCUACGUGUUUCCGACGGUAUCAAUAGCUAUCUCCGAGCAAACGAUCCAAGUAACUACCUAGAGGUUAUUGAAAUUGCUACUCACGCUGGCAAGGACGAAGACCUCAUCAAAUACCUUCGCAUGGCCCGUAAGACACUUCGUGAGCCUGCUAUCGACACUGGACUUGCCUUUGCAUUUGCUCGUACUGAUCAAUUAAGCGAACUUGAGGACUUCCUCAGGGGAACUAAUGUCGCUGAUAUUGAAGAGUCGGGUGACAAGGCAUAUGCUGAAGGGUUCCACCAAGCUGCGAAGAUCUUCUUCACCAGUAUUUCAAACUGGGCCAAACUUGCCACCACUCUUGUUCACCUCGAGGAUUAUCAAUCCGCCGUCGAAUGCGCAAGAAAGGCUAAUAAUAUCAAGGUCUGGAAGCAAGUCAACGCCGCUUGUGUUGAGAAGAAGGAAUUCCGUCUUGCUCAGAUUUGUGGUCUCAAUUUGAUCGUUGAUGCUGAAGAGUUACAAAGCUUGGUCAAGCAAUACGAGCGCAACGGCUACUUCGAUGAACUUAUUGCAUUACUUGAGCAGGGUCUAGGUCUUGAACGAUGUCAUAUGGGAAUUUUUACGGGACUAGGUAUUGCUCUUUCCAAGUACCAUCCAGAUCGCACAAUGGAGCACCUGAAGCUUUUCUGGAGUAGAAUCAAUAUUCCAAAGAUGAUUCGUGCCUGCGAGGAAGCCCACCUUUGGCCGGAAUUGAUUUUCUUGUACUGCCAUUAUGAUGAGUGGGAUAACGCUGCUCUUGCAAUGAUGGAGAGAGCUGCCGACGCAUGGGAGCACCACUCUUUCAAGGAUAUCAUUGUCAAGGUAGCAAAUUUGGAGAUCUACUACCGCGCUCUGAAUUUCUAUCUUCAAGAGCAACCAUCUCUCAUUACCGAUCUUCUACAGGCACUUGCACCAAGAAUUGACGUCAAUCGUGUUGUCAAGAUGUUCGAAAAGUCUGACAACAUCCCUCUCAUCAAGCCUUUCCUUCUUAACGUUCAAACUCAGAAUAAGAAGAUUGUCAACGUGGCCAUCAAUGAUUUGUUGAUUGAGGAGGAAGACUACAAGACUCUCCGUGAUUCUGUUGAGAACUACGAUAACUAUGAUGCCGUCGAGCUUGCUCAACGAUUGGAGCGUCAUGAUUUGGUCUUCUUCCGCCAAAUUGCUGCUAAUAUUUACCGCAAGAACAAACGCUGGGAGAAGUCGAUCGCUCUUUCAAAGCAAGACAAGCUUUUCAAAGAUGCAAUUGAGACUGCUGCUAUCUCUGGCAAGUCAGAUGUUGUCGAGGAGCUGCUUAGAUAUUUCGUCGAUAUCGGUAGCCGAGAAUGUUAUGUUGGUAUGCUCUAUGCUUGCUAUGAUCUCAUCCCCGUCCAUGUUGUCAUGGAAGUCUCAUGGCGUCACAGCCUUACAGAUUUUACCAUGCCAUUCAUGAUUAACUAUUUGGCCCAACAAAGCUCUACGAUUGCUGAGUUAAAGAAGGACAAUGAGGAGAGGAAGUUGAGAGAAAAGUCACAGGUUCAAGAAGAGGACAAUACCCCCAUUCUCGGAGGCAAUCGUCUUAUGAUCACCGCUGGACCGACCGGACAUAAGAGUGAGAUGUCCUGCACUGUGACCUGCACUGUGAUGGCCAAGAAUGCCAAUUCUGCACUUGGCGAGUUGAGGCGAUGUAGAUAUGUGUAG